GACUGGUAAGCGCUGAAGCCCAGAGCCUCACUCUCCCACAUCCUGUCCUGAUCGCUAGGUGGCAGGCUUACCCCAGCUUCCCGGAAGUCCGGGCCCAGAGGAUAUUGCGCGCGAAAUCCGACGCCCAAAGAGAGUGCCUCAGAAAGCCAGACAGGAAGCGGCUCAAGCUCUAUGGAGUGGGGGACCCUGUGGCCAUGUUCUCCUCUGAUAGCUCCUGCCUGUCCUCUAGAGGAAGAGUCAGCAAAUGGUUCUGGGACUCAGCUGAGGAGGGCUACAGAACCUACCAUAUGGACGAGUAUGAUGAAGACAAGAACCCCAGUGGCAUCAUUAACUUGGGCACCAGUGAGAACAAACUCUGCUUUGACCUUCUGUCCAGGCGGCUGACACAGAAUGACAUGCUUCAUGUGGAGCCCUCGCUGCUGCAGUACCCGGACUGGAGGGGACAUCUGUUCCUGCGGGAAGAAGUGGCAAAGUUCUUGUCUUUCUACUGUAAGAGCCCGGCGCCCCUCAAACCAGAGAAUGUGGUUGUUUUGAAUGGCUGCGCCUCGCUCUUUUCCGCUCUGGCCACAGUGCUCUGUGAGGCAGGAGAGGCUCUCUUGAUUCCCACCCCUUACUAUGGAGCCAUAACCCAGCAUGUCUAUCUCUAUGGCAACGUCCGACUGGCUUAUGUCUACCUGGAGAGUGAGGUAUCUGGAUUGAACACACGUCCCUUCCAGCUCACAGUGGAGAAGCUGGAGUUGGCCCUGCAAGGAGUUAAUUCUGAGGGUGUCAAGGUCAAAGGCCUCAUCCUCAUCAACCCCCAGAACCCUCUGGGUGACAUCUACUCCCCUGAAGAGCUACAGGAGUUCCUGGGAUUUGCCAUGAGGCACCAGCUUCACGUGAUCAUGGAUGAGGUUUACAUGUUGUCCGUGUUUGAAGAGUCUCUUGGGUACCGGAGUGUCCUGAGCCUGGAAAGGCUGCCUGACCCCCAGAGGACACACUUGAUGUGGGCCACCAGCAAGGACUUUGGAAUGUCUGGACUCCGCUUUGGCAUCUUGUACACAGAAAAUCAGCAUGUGGCUACUGCUGUUGCCUCCCUCUGUCGCUAUCAUGGUCUCAGUGGCCUGGUCCAACACCAGAUGGCACAGCUGCUCCGGGACCAUGACUGGAUCAGCCAGGUGUACCUGCCAGAAAACCACGCCCGACUCAAGGCUGCCCAUACCUAUGUCUCAGAGGAGCUCAGAGCCCUGGGGAUACCCUUCGUGAGUCGUGGGGCAGGCUUCUUCAUCUGGGUUGACUUAAGAAAGUACCUGCGCAGAGGCACCUUUGAGGAGGAGGGGCUGCUCUGGCGCCAGUUUUUGGACAACAAGGUGCUGCUGUCCUGUGGGAAGACCUUUGAGUGUAAAGAACCCGGCUGGUUCCGGGUGGUCUUCUCAGACAAGGAGAACCGGCUCCGCUUGGGGAUGCAAAGGGUGCGGCAGGUGCUUGCAAGGCAAUCUCAAGUGGUAGAUGAGGCCUCUCCCUGUCACACUCAGGAGCCAAGUACCCAGCCCAUGACUUGUCACUUGGCUUUGGCCUUGAAGAGCCAUUUCCUGCCCUCCCUGCUGGCUGUGUGAAGCUGUUUAAACUGAUGCUAUUCUGGGCUGUUGCUGUCCUCUGUUCAGUGGGACUGGGACCAGCCAGAUGCCUGUGCUGUCAAUAGUGUACAGGAUAGGGAGUCCUGACUGUUCCUAACACAGCUCCUCUCUAGGAGAAGAGUAAACAAGCAGCUGUUCAUUCUUUGUGAUGGUGCCUUCUUGCCUUCCUUGUUGCCAGGGAAACAAGCCAGAGGAACUGUACACACACACACACACACACACACACACACACACACAAAGUGAUAGCAUUCCAAGGUGUAUGGGGUGAAUUUGGUUUGUUUGGGGUGCCCAGAACAGGCCUCAGCUUGGGAUGCAGAGAGCAGAAUUCUGUGGUGGGAAAGCAGUGGCUCCUCAGUAGAGCUAAAAUGCCCCAUCAAGUUCUGAAACACACCUCCACUUACCUAGGAAGAAGGUACCUUCACUGGCUCCCACAGCAGUAGCCUGGCAAUGGCUGGAGAGGAGGCCCAGUGGUUAAGAGCACUUGCUGUUCUUCAGAGGACAGGAGUUCAGUUCCCAGAGCUCACAGCGGGCAGCUUAUGGCAAAUGUGUGCCCGUGCAUGCACACACAUG